AUGAGAGGGCUCGCAUCACACAGCGGCAGCGCUGGCCGCAGUGGCUGCCACCGCCCUUGCGCUGCUACACACGCGGCAGCGCGGCCCCGCUGCCCGCUGUUGGCCGCCGCUGCUGGGCAGCAGCGGCGGGGACCCUGCUGGCAGCGCGCCGGCCAGCUCCGCGCCGUCGUGGACGAGCAGGGCACCGUCGAGCAGCAAGACGACGAUGACGAGGCGGGGCCCCUCCAACAACUCAGCGAGGCGCGCCACGUAAUCGUCGAGCCUGGCUUCACGGAGGCCGCCGAGCAGCUGCGCGGUGUGUUUGACUCGCGGUUCGAGGACCCUCGCAAGACCACGCGGGAGCGGUUUCUCUGGGACUACUGGUUCGUAGAGAACCAGUACUGCCUCGUGCGCACCCAGGCCGCGGCCUACUUCCCCAAGGCCCUGUACAAGCGGCUGGAGUCCGAUCUGCUGGCCUACGGGGAGAGGGUGCUGGGCUGCCGCUCCAUCAGCCCCAUCUGGAUGUCGUACUACGUAGACGGCUGCGCGCAGGAGCUGCACUGCGACUCGUUCCACGGGCCAUUUGCUUUCGUGCUGUCUCUCACGCGGUGGGAGGAGCGCGCCUUCACUGGUGGGGAGACGAUGAUCUUGAACCCGGGCACCCUCAACUUUUGGAGCGGCUUUGUGCCCGGCAAGGGCCUCGAGUUGACCGACAUCGUCACCCUGGUGGAGCCCCGUUUCAACCAGCUCACGCUCUUUGACCCGCGGUUACCCCAUGGGGUGCGGCCGGUGCGCGGCACGCGGGAUCCCAUGAAAAGCCGCCUGGUGCUCCACGGCUGGUUCACCGAGCCGUCGCCCUUCAUAGAAGGAGCCCUGGAGCCGGAGGCGGCGGUGGAGAGCCUCAAUGCGGCACUGGACCCCAUUUUUGAGGAACUAGAGCUGCUGCCCGCGGUGCUGGGCACGCUGGCCGUGCGGCUGCAGAUCAGCGGCGCGGACGGGCUCGUCUCACACAUCGGCUUCCUCGCAGACACCCUGGUUGUGCGGCCGGGGCAGCCCAUCACAGACGACAACGGGGACCCGCUGCCGGACCCGGACUCGGCGGCGCGCGCGGCGGUUCACCAUGCGAUCUACGACGGCCUCACUGCAGCGCAGUUCCCGCCUUGCGAGGGCGGGGACACGUUUGUCACUUACCCCUUUGUCUUUGAGUAA